CUGCCGCGCUCGCAAUCGCUGCCGACGCCGACGUCGACGUCGACUUCUUCGGGCGGCGGUUUCCAUUUCAUUUUUAAGCUAACGCUCGUCGCGUUCAGCGUUUUAAUAUUUAAUUGUCGUCGAUCGCGAGCGGUUGUCAUUGCUCCACUGGAAUAGUAGUGGAAUUGCCAUUUGCCAUAGCCACGGCUGUACCGUUACCGUUAAUCGUGAAGUGACCCACCGCAUACCACACCUGAAACGCGAAGCAGCACCUUCUUUUUGUUCAGUGUUCUUCAGUUUUUUUGUUCAGUGUGCAGUUUGCCCCUCCGCAGUGGCCAUGAUCAUGAUACCCUGGAUUCCAUGCAUUAGUGCGGCCAUCGUGCUGAUCCUGUGCCCCCUGCACACAUCCUCGCGCAGCUACAGCAACGGCCUGAUCUUCUACGAGCUGCGAACCCAUCGCCACUACCUCCCGCCCACGGUCAGUGUGUCCAGGGGCCGCAAUCUGGCCAGCGUCAAGUACUCCGAGAAGGGCUCCAUCUGGUCCACCUUUGGCCAGCCCUGCGAGUGCAGCGGACCCACCUGUGGCUGCUGCGCCGGCCUCAAGGUCGAUCAGUACCGAUUCGAUCAGAAAGUCUGCGCCAACGUGAGCUUUGUGCCGCAUCUGGAGGAGGCCCAACUGGAGGUCUUUCUGAAUGGCAGACCCUCCUCGAAGUACGGAAUCUCGGUGCGCAAUCCGGAGCCCUUCUGCAUUCCCGUCAUGAUGGGUGUACCGAUGGCCAUGUGCGUCCAAAUGACCGACGUCAAGGUGGUUGGCAACAAUCUGAACAUGUGCAUGGACUUUGUGGUCCGGAUGGCCACCACCGAUCUCUUCGAGAUGCAUUUCCAGUGCAUGCAAAUGGGCCUGGAUGGUCUGCAGUAUGUGGACAAGAAUGGCAAGCCCGUGCUGCCGGUUGGCGAUGGCCAGAGCGACGAUCCGGAGGAGUACGAGUACGCCGAGCUGGAGGAUCAGCCGGAAGAGUAUCCCUAUCAAGAGGAUGUCAAGGAUGUGGAGGAUCAAUCCCAGAGCUAUCAGCCAGACAACAAUCAGCAGCAGAAGAAUACAACAGUGGUUACUGAUCAGGUGGAGAAGGAGGAUGAGAUGGAGGAGAAUCAAUCAUUGGGUUAUCAGACUCUCAUAAAUAACCAAGUCCAGAAGGUUGAGCCAUCUUUAAAUCUAGAGGACUUGAGCUACCUACCUCAGAGGAAUCAGACACCAAGCGAGCCAGCUAAACAGGAUCAGCUGGAGGAAGAACAACCAGGCUAUCCGACACUGGGUCAAAUUAAGGUUGAAUACCAAGAUGAAGAAAAGCCUGCGGAAAAGCAGCCGGAGAUCCAAAAACCUUUAGAAGACACGUUGGAUGAAGAGGAACCAACGGGUUAUCAGCCUCCCAUUGUGAUGGAUACCCCGCACAAAGCUCAAGAGGAACAGCAGCCUGCAGAGGAUCAUCAAGAAGAGGAGGAGAUGGAGGAGGAGAAGAAAGAGGAGGAGAAGAAUUCAGAGAGCGAAGGAGAUGAUCAGGAGGCAGAAGAAGAAGCCGAUGAGGUGGAGCCCCUGCCAAUCGAAAGUGAAAUGCUAAUGGCCAGCGAUCCGGCAGAAGAAGCACCUCUCGCAGAAGAAGCCGAAGAAACGGCAGCUGAAGACGCGAAAGAGACGGCAGCAGAGGCGGCGGCGGAGAAAGAGAAAGAGACGGGAGCAGACUCGGCGCAAGAGACACCUGACAAUGACAAUGGUUAUGGCGAGAGUGGCCCGAGGCCAAGUCAGGUAAUUGAAACAAUUACCAAUUCAAUAGCAGCCACUGAAGCGCCCACAACAACAACCACAACAACAACACCAACAACCACAACAACAACCACACCAAUAACCACAAUAACAACAACGAAAAUACCAACAACAACGACAACGACAAAAAUACCGACAACAGCAAUGACAUUUAACAAGCCAAACAUUGGUAUUGAUGACACAAACAAUGGGGAGAAGACAGUAGAAGCAGAGGGUGAGAAGAAGGUGGAGGAGCCAGAAGAAGAGAAGGAGGGGGAGACAUCUGAAGAAGGGGAGGCAGAAGACGACGAAGAAGAAGACUCGACAACAGUGGCUGUUGAAAUGGAAAACGAUAGUGAUAAUGAGAUAAACGUGGACGAUGACGAUGAUGAUGAUGAAGUGGAGAAAAAAAACCUGGUGAAGGAACCCCCAAGCCAGGUGACGAAGGGGGAGAAGAAACAGGAAGAGGGAGCGGAGGAAAAGGUCAAAGAGAGCGCGCAGAAGGGGGAGAAAGAGCCGGAAAAAGAGGUGAAGGCAAGUCAUGAGGAAAAGGUCAAUCCAAAAGACACAGCAGCCGAAGAAGGUGAAGAUAAGGAUAAAGAAGACGAAGAAGGGGAGGCUGCCGAUGAAGAAGAGGGAGACGAAGACGAAGACGACGAGGAGGAAGAAGAGGAGGAGGACGAUGCCAAGGAAGAAGGCGAGGAAGACGCUGCAGAAGAAUCCGCUGAGGCUGCAGCAGCAAAGCCCGAAGAAAGCGCUGUGAAAAUCGAUGGAAAUGGCAACGGCUAUGAAAAUGCCUAUGCAAAUGCGAAUGAAAAUGCGAAUGAAAAUGUGAAUGAAAAUGCAUAUGAAAAUACAUAUGUAAAUGCAUAUGGAAAUGCGAAUGAAAAUGCGAAUGAAAAUGUGAAUGAAAAUGCAUAUGGAAAUGCAUAUGCGACGCCGGCAGCGAAGUCGUUGUCCCGACGCCGCCGUCUGCGCACCCGCCGCCUGCCACGCCCCCUGAGGAAACACCAUUAGGCCCCUCCCCUCUCCUCACCGCUCCUUAACUUAAUUUAUUGUAAUUCGUAACUCGUAAUUCGUAAUUCGUAAUUUGUAAUUGUUAAUGAAUUGUUAAUGCUAAACGUUGAAGCCUGUUAAUUAAUACGUAUUUAUUGUAUUUAUUGAA